CUUCGACGAAGACGUCAACGAGUCGUAGUCACUGUAUUAGUAUCACAUUGUACGUGCUUUGCCUUGUUAUUGCCUAUGUUUUUCUGUGAAAAUCAAUUGUGUCAUGAUUGCCAGCGACUAGUGUUGAGAUGUGUAACAUUGGUGGGAAUGAUAUAUGAUUAUACAGUAGCCCCAAGAUGGAGCGGCCGAUCCCGGGGUGGUACGACAUUAAGCCUGAUUUCUACUGGUAACAGCAUUACUUUGUCGUUACAUUUACAUUCCUUAAGUUUGCGUAGAAUAGAAUACAACAUUAAUGAAUACAGCUUUCGAACAGUUUAGCGAGCUCAGCUCAUGCAGUAUAAGAGUGUAGGUGCAAUCAAUUUUUGGAGGUAGUGACCAAUCGAAGAGGUCACAGUUAGGGCGAUGUGCAAUUUUAGCUAUUGAAAUGGAAGCUUAAAAGUGCUUGAAGUACCUUGGUGCGCGCAGAGGAAUAUAACGUAAAACACAGUCAUCGAUAGUCAACGUCGAGGCUACUGAAAGCGAGCCUUAUUUCCAGGAAGAAUAUUUGCGUGCAUCAUUGUUUCACGUGACACUUUUCGUGAUCUCCAGCGACCAAAGAAAAGCAGCGCAGUUCCAACAUGGUGAUUCUAUCUGGUGGCGGAACGAGCCAUUCGCAGACAUCGACUGAUUUUUCGAUGAAUUCACGACGAUCUCCAGCCUCUCGACCCCAAUCGCCGUCUGCUUCGAUGGCUACACACGCACCUUUCCUUAUCCGCAACCUCAUCACCUCACCGCACAACUCCAACUCUCGUGUACCCCCCCUGUCACCAGCAGUACCAGCAGCAAUUGAUCCGGACGCAGUUGGUCAGAGUCACCGGAGACGUACUUACGGCAUAAAUAGCCAGCAGUUAUUGUUCACUACGCAUCCAGCGGCUUUACCCGCCACCGCUUACGCUAAUCCAGCGACUGCUCUAGCUAAUGCGCUUGUCUCUAAUCAAGCCGCUUUGACCUCCCCAGCGAAUCCGUUGAGCCCAGGCGGCAAUAACGCCCUUAGCGAUGCUCAUCAGAGGCUAUUUGAGCAACAGCGACAAGCAAUAGCAGCUGUACAACUUCUAUGGAACGCUGCACAUUGCGGCCUCAGUGCUCAGCUACAGAUGGCCAGUAGAGGUGUCGGAGAAGGCACCGCUGGUGGCCCAUGUCCGGACGGAAUCGGAACAAUUGGAUUAGCCGCGGGCAUCGUAGCUUUGAAGUCGUCGACGUCCGACGGACAGCCUCCGGCUAGACCAGAAUCCACUGAAGAUGAACACGACACAAGCAGCAGCGAUUUCGAAUGCAACCUAAAAGGAUCAAAAAAGCCACGCAAAGCAAGAACAGCCUUUACGGAUCAUCAGUUAAAAACCCUUGAGAAGAGCUUUGAAAAGCAGAAGUAUCUGAGUGUACAAGACCGAAUGGAGUUGGCAAAUCGACUGAACUUAACGGAUACUCAAGUGAAAACUUGGUACCAAAACAGGAGUGAACACAUGUUUUAUUUCAGAACUAAGUGGAAGCGUCAAGCGAUGUUUGGCCUUGAUUUCCUGCCAAUUGCCGCUCGUCAGAUGCUGCUCACUGGGCAGGCGCCGCCCCCUAGCGGGCCUACGCCUCCCGGAACACUCUUUCCUCAACCAGGAACACCCCAGCUAUCAGCUCACUUGCCGAAUGUGCCUGGCGUCCCGCUAGGCGCACUGCAGUCGCUCCAUACAUCGCCCGCCGCUCUGCACCAUCAGCUGGAACAAUUGUACCAGGGCGGACACGCCGGGGAUAAUAAACAGAUUCAAACUAUCCUACAGGACGCGGCUCAGAGAGCGCUUCUAUUAGCCCAGAUGGCGUCGUCGAUACCCCCAUCCGUGCCUACGGCUGCAGUGUUGUCUACUGGAACAACUUCUGUGGCAGCAAACAUUUCCGAGCGUGGCGCAGACGAUGUCAGCGACGAAGACUACAACAAUGAAGGAGAUGAUGAUCACGAUGACGAUGAUUUACGCUGUAACCAAACGGAUCACGAAAACGGUGCACAAGUGAUGCAGAUGCAUCAUGAAGAAAAAAAGCGUCAGCGAUUGGACGCAAUGAAGACAGAACGAUUUUUAUCAGAGAAAAAUAAUAGUCACACACAGGGGGAUGAUAUCAGUGGCACAACAGAUGAGAUUGAUGUUGAGUCGAGUGAGGGUUAUGAGAGGGGGCAGAAGAACUAAUUUCAGAAAGCACAACAGAAGCGGUAUAAAUGCAUAGUAGGUUGAACGGUGAAGGCAGACUCAGGGAUGAUAACUGUGUUUAUGUGGUUGGCGGAGCAAAAAUGAGAUUAAAGUGAGUGCGGUCAACUAAGCGGGGCUGAUUUUGUUCGAAUUCCGGAAAACAAAUAGAUAAAGACCGAUUCUGUUUAAAAAAUAUAUAAAAUAAAAAAUUUACUUUUUUGCUAGGUGCUGUCCUAGGCUUCCACGACGGGUGUAGUAAUGCACUAACGGGCAUGUUAUUAAAACGUGUACUCCAAGGUACACGAAAAUUGUCUUUGACAGAAGAUCAAGGCUCAAAAUAUGUUUUAUGCAAUUAAUUCAACUGAGAACUAGAUGUAAAGGAGAAACACGGUCUGUUCGUUAUCAUGCUAUGUUGGGUAAUUUAUUUAUCGUACCAUCACAUCACUACUACUUAGAGUGGACUAUUUUAAUAAUAUUGUUAAUUAUUAAAUGAACGAACGAACGAAGCUAGAUUACGAAGCGAACUAUGAGGAAUCGUGUGUGAGCUUCGAAAUCUGUAUAUAUUUUGUAGAUAAACAAUUUGCAGAAAAUAAUGUUCAGGCUGCUAAGUUGUAUAUUGCAACUCUUAUAUAAAUAGGUAAACAUAUAUAAUUAAACAAA